AUGGCAGAACAAGAACAAGAGUUGGAAAGAGUCAGCUCAGAACUUGAGGACCUGCGAGGGAGCAUGGGUCAGAUCAUGGAGAUACUGCAAGUCAUCGGAGCCAAGAUGGACACACAAACAACAGUCAUUUCAGAGAUCGUUGGUCCAACGCUUGAACCCCAACCCGUAAGGACGGUACCUUCUACAUUAUUUCCUUUUGGUCUACCUUAUGGCUUCACACCUCAACCUGAAGUAGUCCCCGGUGUAAUGAAAUCUACUCAACAGACUGUUCCUCUACCAUUAACCACCGAGGCUCACCCUAUGGUCCAUACAUUUGCAUCACCGACUGUUCACACACGUGUGCAACCUUACUUCGAAGAUCAACAACAUGCUCCAGAAAUUUCUAAUGAAGAAGAAGAAAGGCAUGAAGAUAUAAAGGGUACUAAAGAGAAUUUUCAGAUUCUUGAGAAGAGACUAAGGGCAAUGGAAGGUGACCAAGUCUUUGGUGCUGCUGCUAGGGAGAUGUGCCUAGUAUCUGGUCUUGUAAUUCCUGCGAAAUUCAAGACUCCUGACUUUGAUAGGUACGAGGGUCAUACAUGUCCUAAGAGCCAUCUUGUUAUAUACUACCGGAAAAUGGUUGCCCAUGUUGAGGACGAUAAGCUCAUGAUCCACUUCUUUCAAGACAGUUUGAAGGGUGCCCCCUCUAAGCGGUACCUAAGCCUCGAUCAGAGUCGUAUCCGGUGUUUCUAA